AUGAUGCAGGAGAUACUGCCACAUGUGAUCCGUUCAAUCCUCCGAAUGCUCCUUGUCCAGAAGGUUUCACCUGCCAGUGGUCCACGGCAAAUCAAAGCGAAGCGAAAAAACCGAAUAGAGAAUAUUUUCUGGAAUACCCGGAAAGAACUGAUGGAACCGUCAUCUUUCUCUACGUUAUCAUUUCAAGGUCCUCCAUGCGGUGGCUUCCUGGUACUGGUCACUCGAUCGAUAGGUGGCCAAGUUGUAGAGCGAUGUGAGAGAAGCUGUCCGUAUGGAGAGGUACCGAUCGGUGGUGUCUGCUACGGAAUGGAAAGUAGGCGCUAA